AUGCAUGGCACCGAGUUCCCCCUCCAGCCUCUUUCCCCCAGCCACCCUCGGGUGCCCCCCCAGUGCACCCAUAGCAGGGGUCCUCCCUCCCCACCCCGUGCUGGGGUUCACCCCCCUGGUGCUGAGUCACUGCGGGUGCAGCCCCCUGACCUCGGGGGAGCUUUCUCGGUCGUCCGGCGCUGCGUCAAGCUCUGCACUGGCCAUGAGUACGCUGCUAAGAUCAUCAACACCAAAAAGCUCUCAGCCAGAGACCACCAGAAGCUGGAGCGCGAGGCGCGCAUCUGCCGGCUGCUCAAGCACUCCAACAUCGUGCGGCUCCACGACAGCAUCUCUGAGGAGGGGUUUCAUUACCUCGUCUUUGACCUGGUGACAGGUGGUGAGCUCUUUGAGGACAUAGUGGCGCGGGAGUACUACAGUGAGGCUGAUGCCAGCCACUGCAUCCAGCAGAUCCUGGAGGCUGUCCUGCACUGUCACCAGAUGGGGGUGGUCCACAGGGACCUCAAGCCGGAGAACCUGCUCCUGGCCAGCAAGUGCAAAGGGGCAGCGGUGAAGCUGGCGGACUUUGGCCUUGCCAUCGAGGUGCAGGGGGAUCAGCAGGCCUGGUUCGGAUUUGCAGGCACACCUGGCUAUCUGUCCCCUGAGGUCCUGCGCAAAGAGGCCUACGGCAAACCGGUGGACAUCUGGGCAUGUGGGGUCAUCCUGUACAUCCUGCUGGUGGGCUACCCGCCGUUCUGGGACGAGGACCAGCACAAACUCUACCAACAAAUCAAGGCCGGGGCCUACGAUUUCCCUUCACCUGAGUGGGACACAGUCACCCCCGAAGCGAAGAACCUCAUCAAUCAGAUGCUGACCAUCAACCCCGCCAAGCGCAUCACAGCCCACGAGGCCCUCAAGCACCCGUGGGUCUGCCAACGCUCCACCGUGGCCUCCAUGAUGCACAGGCAGGAGACAGUGGAGUGCUUGAAAAAGUUCAAUGCCCGGAGGAAGCUCAAGGGUGCCAUCCUCACCACCAUGUUGGCCACCAGGAACUUUUCAGCAGCUAAGAGCUUACUGAACAAGAAGGCGGACGGCGUGAAGCCCCAGACCAACAGCACCAAAGGCAGUGCGGGCGUCACCAGCCCCAAGGGGACUCUCCCGCCCACCGCUCUGGAGCCUCAAACUACUGUAAUUCAUAACCCCGCGGACGGCACCAAGGAGUCCUCCGACAGCACCAACACCACCAUCGAGGACGAGGACACCAAAGCCCGCAAGCAGGAGAUCAUCAAGAUCACGGAGCAGCUCAUCGAGGCCGUCAACAACGGCGACUUCGAGGCCUACGCGAAGAUCUGCGACCCGGGGCUCACCUCCUUUGAGCCCGAGGCACUGGGCAACCUGGUGGAGGGGAUGGAUUUCCACCGCUUCUACUUUGAGAACUUGCUCUCCAAGAACAACAAGCCGAUCCACACCACCAUCCUGAACCCGCACGUGCACGUCAUCGGGGAGGACGCCGCCUGCAUCGCCUACAUCCGCCUCACCCAGUACAUCGACGCGCAGGGCCGGCCCCGCACCAGCCAGUCCGAGGAGACCCGCGUGUGGCACCGCCGCGACGGCAAGUGGCAGAACGUCCACUUCCACGGCUCGGGGGCGCCCGUCGCCCCGCUGCAGUGAAGAGCUUGCGGUGGCUGUCCUGGUUCCAGCCCGAUGGAGACGGCGAUGGGAGCCCAGGCGGCAGCCGGAGCUGCGGCCCCCCAAGCACGCGUCCGCAUGCCUGUCCCCCCUACCCUGGCCCCUGCUCCGCCCUCCAGUGCCUGUGUUUGCAGAAAACAAAAAGACAAAAAAAAAAACAA